UUAGUCACUUCCCCCCACAGUUACCCCACAACUGGCCGUACAAAGUGCCACCCACCACCAUUUUUGAAACCAACACCACCCCCCCUCAAAAAAACAAUACCCCCAAAAGACGAAGAAUCUAUUCAGAAGAGUUUGAUUCCGUCCCGAAAUGAACGACCCAAUUGCAAUUCUGAAUCAUGCCCCAAUAGAAGCAGUAAUCACAAGAGUCCAAGAUUGAUUGCGUAAGCGUAAAUUAAUGAUUCCUUUCGCAUCGCCAUCCUCAUCAACAGCGUUGCCAGAUUGCAAAAGAACCUCGUUACGAAUCAACACAAAAAGGCUGAGGAUUCCCGUAUCGGGUUCGUCUUGUCACAUUGAUCUACUCUUAUGGAUAGCCAACCCUAAAUGUCUUUUUAAGACGUAUAGUAAGAUGCGUAUUCCCAAGACACUCACCGUUUCAUUUUGCUUCUCUCUUCUAUACUCUUCGCCUUCUCGUUUUCCCCAAUUUCGUUCUUUGGUUCCAGAUUUAGGUUUCUGUUCUUCCAGGAAAUCCUUCACAGCUAAAGGGUCUCAAGGCCUCUUUCAGAUAGGAGCAGGCUAUAAAAUGGAUGCUCCUAGGGAUAGAGUUACAUCAGAGAUACAGGGACCUAAUGGCUGUGAAAAAUCUCAGGUUUCAUGUGUGUGGGCAUCUCCUGAAGGAGGGCAAAAGAUUGAUAUCGGCAAACAUAUUUUCUGUAACAGGGCUGUGAAUAUGAAGAAUAUAGUUGCUGUCGGCUUUGAUAUGGAUUAUACCCUGGCACAGUACAAGCCUGAAACUUUUGAAUCCCUUGCGUAUAACGGCACAGUCAAAAAGUUAGUGAUUAACUUGGGGUACCCUAACGAGUUACUUAAUUGGUCUUUCGAUUGGACAUACAUGGUCAGAGGACUGGUUCUUGAUAAGAAGAGAGGAAAUAUAUUGAAGAUGGACAGACAUAAGUAUGUGAAAGUGGCCUAUCAUGGAUUUAAGUUAUUGUCAAAGGAUGAAAAGGUUGCUACAUAUGGCAACACCCUAGUUCGAGAUGCAUUUGAUGAGCCUGAUUAUGCACUCAUCGAUACCCUAUUCUCGCUCGCUGAAGCUUAUUUAUUUGCUCAGCUGGUCGACUUCAAGGACAAUAAUCCAGGAAAAAUCUCUGAAGAAAAAGACUACUUUGGUAUGUACAGAGAUGUUAGGGCUGCUGUGGAUCUGUGCCAUCGAGAUGGAACUUUGAAGCAGAUGGUUGCGAAUGAUCCCAAAAGGUACAUCAAUGAAGACAACUCAAUAGUCCCAAUGCUUCAGAUGCUUAGAACUUCUGGGUUGGCUGUAUUCUUAGUGACAAACAGCCUUUGGGACUAUACAAAUGUUGUGAUGAAUUUUCUAUGUGGGCCCCAAACGCUUCACGGAAGCUCCUCACUGACUCUUGACUGGCUCCAACACUUUGACGUUGUCAUAACUGGCAGUGCAAAGCCAAAAUUCUUCCAUGACGAAAAUCGUGCUAAUCUUUUUGCUGUGGACACUGAUUCGGGAAUGCUUAUUAAUACCGACAAUGGUAGUCCUAUGGCUCAGGUGGGGGGUCCUUCUUUAGAAUUGCUGGAUCAGAUCCCAGAUAAACCUUACAAAGUGUUUCAGGGAGGCAAUGUUGGCCAUCUCCAUAAGCUACUGACUAUUGAAUCAAGUUCUCAGGUUCUUUAUGUUGGAGAUCACAUAUAUGGGGAUAUUUUGCGCAGCAAAAAAGUCCUAGGUUGGAGGACAAUGCUUGUUGUUCCAGAACUUGAAAAAGAAGUUAAACUUCUGUGGUACUUGCGGGACACUCGUAAGCAACUUAUAUUGCUGCGGAGCGAACGAGAUCAGAUUGAAGAUCAAAUCCAUCAUUUAAAAUGGUCUAUUCAGUGUGAGUGUUUAGAUGCUCAUGAGACAGAAAAGGUGUCAUCAAAGCUCGAAUCACUUGAGGUGCAAUGUAAUCGUGUUCGCGUUACACAUCAAGAGGCUCAAAAAGUAUUUCAUGAGAAGUUCCACAAGGUGUGGGGGCAGCUGAUGAAAACUGGGUACCAGAACUCGCGCUUCGCUCACCAGGUGGAGCGAUUUGCAUGUUUGUACACGAGCCAAGUUGGUAACCUGGGGCUAUAUUCUCCUGCAAAAUACUAUCGACCAAGCGAGGAUUUCAUGCCACACGAGUUCGACGUCCUCUCUCUGUGAAAUUUGCAUAUAUGAUGAUUUAACUAGUUUCGAGGCAAUGACCAUCAUGUUAUUGCUUUUUUUUUCUCUUUUCUUUAUGCCAUCUUGUUACUGGGAAAGGUAUAGCCUCCUAGAGAAUGGUACACACGAAACUAUAUCAACACGACUCUCUUUUGGUUCACGACGAACUCAAACUUACACAAUUUCUUAGCGUG